GAUCACAAUUCCCAGUUGAUAGUAAAUAAAUAGUUAUAAUAUGCAUGACAGAGUAUAGGCACAGAAUAAUCUGUGGUAUAGGUACUUUGUCAUGAUAAUAUGAAUAUAAUAACAUAGUGUACCUAUACAUAGGUAAGUUUUCAUCUUUUUAUAUUGUAAUCUUAAUUUUAUUUUCAUAUGUUUGACGAUUAUUACUUACAUCAAAUCUUACAUAUUUAUUAUGUUUAUGAAGUGUUUCAUUUUUGAUUCUUAAAAUUAAAAUUAAAAUUACGAACUCGAUUUCAGUGUGGCCCACUAACUAUUUAUACCCAAGAAGAUAAAUACUAAUUCAAAAUGAUCCGAGUUGAAGAAAGUCGUAUAAAAUCAUAUCUAACCAUGUAUAAAUUUCCUGAAAAUACAAAAAAAGAAAUUAUAAAAACAUUAAAUUAUUAUCAUGGACUCAUUUGUAAUUUUGAAACAUUUUUGUUCUCAAAUAGAAUUGAAAAGAAACUAGUUAAUUUGAGUGGUACUGUUCCUGUUACAUUUAAAGGUACCACUUAUCACAUUCCAAUUUGUAUCUGGCUCAUGGAUACACAUCCAAAUAAUGCACCAAUCUGUUAUGUGAAACCUACAUUGGAUAUGCGAAUUAAAAUGUCAAUGUAUGUUGAUCAUAAUGGUAAAAUUUAUUUACCAUAUUUACACAAUUGGACUCCGACAACAUCCAAUCUUCUUGAUUUAAUUGGAAUAAUGACAGCAACUUUCUCAGAAACUCCACCUGUGUAUUCCGUUGUUAGAACUGAACAACCUGUAAACCCUGGUUAUCCUACUCAAAUGCCAUAUGGUGGCACUGGUUCGAAUGUGAUGUUGCCAUAUUCUUCAAUACCAACAUCGUCUACUGCUACUUCAAAUCCUUCCACGGCGUACCAUGGAAGUUCUAAUACUCCUUAUCCUCUGUAUAAUAAUCAGUUUCCAACACCUUCUCCCUAUCCAACGGGUUCUGCAAAUACAUCAAAUUUUCCUCCCUAUACUGCACCAUAUACAACACAAAACUCUUCUCAAAACUGUCCAUAUCCUCAGCAACCUGCACCUAUAAGACCAGAAUAUCCUCCUUACCCAUCAACUACUAGUAAUUUGCCCAAUCCUUCUACAGGGUUGAAUGAUGGUGGUACGAUAACAGAAGAACAUAUCAAAGCCUCUUUGUUAUCUGCUAUUGAAGAUAAAGUACGAAGACGCUUUAACGAACAAAUGGCCCAGAAUAAAGCCGAAUUAGAUAUAUUGCAACAUUCUCAAAGAGAAUUAUCACUUGGAAAAAAUAAACUAGACUCUAUUCUGACAAGUCUUAAUAGAGAAAAGUCUGAGCUAGAACAAAAUAUUCAAGUGUUGCGUGAUAAAGAAUUAGAACUUGAAAUGGCUAUUUCCAAGUUAUCUAAAGAAGAUAAUAUUGAUAUUGAUGAUGCUGUAACAACAACUGCACCUCUUUAUAAACAGAUAUUAAAUUCAUUUGCUGAAGAAGCUGCUACUGAAGAUGCAAUUUAUUAUAUGGGGGAAGCAUUGAGAAGAGGUGUGAUUGAUUUAGAAGUAUUUCUGAAACAAGUACGUUCACUUUCCCGUAAACAAUUUAUGCUACGGGCUUUGAUGCAACGAUGCAGGCAUAAAGCUGGUCUAGUAGCUUAAUUCCAAGAAAAUGUACUAACAAGCUACUAGAUAGCUUUUACAAAAUAUUAUGUUUCAUUUCUGCAGAUAAGUAAAAUUGGGUAAAACAGCAUUUUUGGUAUAUAUUAUAUUAUAUUAUAAUACAUAUUACUUCUGUUAACUGUUACAAAGAGAUCAAUAAUAUGCUAGUUUUUGUUAAUCUCAUAUUACAUUUUAUAAACCCAAUAAUUUUAUUUCAAUAAUUUAUUCUUAAUAUAUUAUUACUAUAAUAAUAACUGCACAUUAUAAUAUGAGAUUAUGUGAGUUGAUAUUUCAUUCACUGUGUCUUUAAAAUACAUUUUUUUUUCAUUUUAAAUCCUUUAUUUCUUAUUCUUGAAGCUUUAAUAUUAUCAAUUUUAUA